GGGGUUUCCUACAGAGAAUCAGCAUUGUGAUUGAGAAGGAAGAUCGCAUUCUCAAAAAUGGGCUUUCUAGACCAUCUUCCUCAAUGCUUUUCUUGUCCCCCUUCCCCCCUUCAUAAACGCUUUCCUUUGCAGACAGUAAAUCUGAGGGUGAAAAUGGACUGCCAAGGUUGUGUCAGGAAAGUUAGGAAUGCUGUGGAAGGCUUGAAAGGGGUGGAAUCAGUGGAUAUAAACCAGAAGCAACAAAGGGUGACAGUGAAGGGGCAUGUGGAUGCAGAAGAAGUAAUAGAGGAAGUGAAGAGCACAGGGAAGAGAGUAGAAGUAUGGCCAUUUGUGGAUCAUGAGUUAGUCACUUUCCCUUAUGAAGUUGGAGUUUAUGACAUCAAAGCUCCUAAUGGUUUUGUCAGAAAUGUGCCUCAAGCACUUGGAGACCCUAAGACUCCUGAGAUGAAGCUUAUGGUACUCUUCAAUGAUGAUAACCCUAAUGCAUGUUCUAUCAUGUAAAAUUAUACUGCCUCCUCGACCCUUAAUAUAACAUAUAGUUUGUAAUUCAAUUUGAACUAUAAAUUAUAUCUUAUAUUAAGGACCUGAGAUAAUAACUAGAUAUGUUUCUUAAUUAUAUAUUGUAUGG